GCCGUGUGCGCCUAUUCUUAGCACUGGAAUGUACACAAUGCCCGCGUCCUGCGCGCAGCGCCGCCCCGCCAGAAACACGGCCAGAAAUCACCCUCUAUGAAUCACCUGCCUACUGAAAGAAACCUCCCGUGGGUUCGUAGGGUUUUGUCCAGGCUCUAGCUGUGGAAAAACUCAGCAGAGAAUAAACGACAGAGAGUAAGUGCAUGCAGUGAAGGACAGCAGAAGUGAACGGAUAUUUACAGCAACAUCAAAGUCCUGACUUGUUCCCUUGGAGCUGGAUAUUUCAAUAAAAGCUACUAAGAAUUUGAGGGUUUUUUUUCUGCCAAGUCCAGAAUUCAUAUCUUUCAUAGUUUGCUAUGGAAGAGGGAUCCACUGAAGAGUUUCUCUUCAAAGACCAGGACUUCUCCUCUGAACUGCUGAGGCAGCUGAAUGCUCUGCGGCAGAGCAGGAUGCUGACUGAUGUUACCCUCUGCUCUGGCGGCUUUGAAAUCCCCUGCCACCGAAAUGUGCUGGCUUCCAGCAGUCCAUACUUCAAGGCAAUGUUCUGUAACAACUUCAGGGAGAGUCACCAGCCUAAAGUCAUUCUGAAGGGCAUCGAAGCUGAUAUUUUGGAUCAGAUUAUCCUUUAUGUUUACACUGGGGAGAUUCUAAUAUCCACUGAGAAUGUCUUGUGCCUCUUGGAGACUGCGUCCAUGCUGCAGUACACUAAGCUGGUUGAGGCCUGCUCUACCUACCUCCAAGACAAGCUGACUCCUGACAACUGUCUGAGCAUGAUCAGACUAGCAAAAGUCUUGAACUGCCAAAGCCUGAACCAGAAGGCCAAGGCUAUGGCUUUGAAAUGUUUUCCUGUGGUGGCCUCUUCUGAGGACCUGAAGGACCUCUGUCCCAUGGAGCUCAUUGAUUACCUUGGGGAUGAUGAGCUCUGUGGGGAGGAGGAGCAGGUCUUUGAAGCCUUGAUGGUCUGGAUCCGGCAUGACCUCCAGGCACGACAAGGCUACAUCCAAGAGUUGUUCAAGAAGGUCCGGCUUCAGUACGUCCAUCCAACUUUCCUCUUCCAUUUCAUUGCUAAUGACUCACUCGUUCAGUCCUCACCCACUUGCAGGAGCAUCCUGGAGUCAGCCCGGAGACACAUGUUUUCCUUGUACAGCACCAACACACCUGACAUCAAACCCAUGAUGCAUGUCCCUCGCAGGUACUCCAACCAAGAGUUCCUCAUUGUCAUUGGUGGCAGGAAGGACAGCCAGCAGACAACCAGGGAUGUCCUGCUGUAUGAUGACAAGACGAACCAAUGGUUGAGCCUGGCCAAACUUCCCAUGCGCCUGUACAAAGCCUCUGCAGUGAGUUUACACAGCAAUAUUUUUGUGCUCGGAGGGAUGCCUGUUAGCAAUAAGAAAAGUCUGGUCAGUGGUAAUAUUUACAUUUACUCCCUCAAACUCAAUCAGUGGAGACUGAUUGAGCACAUGCUAGUUCCACGUUACUCCCACAGAAGCCUGGCAUAUAAAAAUUAUAUUUUAUCAUUCGGUGGAAUUGGCGAAAACCAGGAAAUCCUGAAUUCUGUGGAAAGAUACGAUAGUGUCUACAACACCUGCGAGAGCAUGGCAAACAUGCCUGUUGCUGUCCUUCACCCUGCUGUUGCUGCCAAAGAUCAGAGGGUUUACCUCUUUGGGGGAGAAGAUAUAAUGCAAAACCCUGUUCGGCUUAUCCAGGUUUACCAUGUCUCCAGGAAUACGUGGUUUCGUAUGGAGACCAGAGUAGUGAAGAAUGUCUGUGCACCAGCUGUCGUGAUUGGAGACCAGAUUAUCAUCGUAGGUGGGUACACCCGGAGAAUAAUUGCUUAUGAUACAAAAGGCAACAAGUUUGUUAAAUGUGCAGACAUGAAGGACAGACGAAUGCACCAUGGGGCCACUGUCAUCAAGAACAAGCUGUAUGUCACAGGAGGACGAUGUCUCACCUCAGACAAUGUCAUCAAGGACCUGGAUUCCUUGGACUGCUAUGAUCCGGACACUGACACAUGGACACCAAAGGGAAAACUGCCGCACAAACUCUUUGACCAUGGGUGCCUUACACUCCAGUGUGUCCCCUGUUCUGGCCUUCUCUAAAUGACUUUUGGUACUUCCUUCAUAUUUUGUGCUUUUCUUCCCAGAAAGGACCCACCUCACUCUGCAGAGAGCACAUGGGGAGUCUUCAUGGGAUGACACAAAGUCCUGACCUUGAAGGCACCAGCAGCGUUAGUCCUUCCCAGACCCUGUGCCAGAAAGGUCAUGAGCUUUGUGCUCACGCUGUGCUCACCUGGCUGAUAUUGCAUGUGGUGCUGCUGAGCCUGGAGGCCUUACCCAGCAUCUCACGAGGAAACAGGAAAAAGAUACUGGGUAAGAACCCAGUGUGGGAUUUGUCCUUGUACAGACUUUAAAAGUGAAGAGGGAUGUUGAUAUCUCCAGGGAAAGUAUGAUCUUUGCUUUCAUGCAAACUCAGCUCCCUGCCACAGCCCUGUGCUGCUCAUUGCUGACCAAGCUUUCCAUUUCCAGUGGUGGGAGUGUUUAAAAUAGGAAGCCCCGAGCUCCAGUCUUGUAGCCAGCCCAGGAGCAUCUGCCUGAGUUUGUUGUGGUAGUCAGCUCAUAAGAAAUAAAAUUUUAAUGUUCCUAACAGCUAAUUAGAAAUUGGCUGAUGCUUUGAUCUGAACUCUCAUAUUGCAACAAGAAACAGAUUUGACUUUUCUAAACUAACACUCUUCUACAGUGCAGGGAAGAUUUUUGUUCCAUCUGCCUGCCCUUUGAAGGAUCAGGAGAAGACAGGAUGGAAAUAAAAAUUGUCCGCAUCUUCUUUUUCAAGGGAUCUUAUUUUGCAGGGCUCUUCCUUCUCCUUUUGCAUGAGGAAUAGCAGUGGGGUUAGUCAAGAUGACUUUGGCUGAAGGAGUUCCUGAAAUGUAGACUAGCAAAGAGGACACAUGGAGGAAAGGGAGUGUAAAAGAGAAGAGGUAUUUGGGAGGAACAAUUUCUUUUUCCCUUUCUCCUCUCUCCAAACCACUGGAAAAAAGCCCAUGAGACAAAGCCAGUGACAGGAAGCCAGCUUUCCAAGAAGAGCAAGUCUAAAUCUGCCGCUUGGCAAAACAGCUCUGGCUCCACCAAUAUUUUUGUGGGGUUGUGCCACUAAGUGCAUUCUUUUAAAGGGAGGGGAUUAAUCAUCAGACACUGAGCAGGCUGUGAACUGCUGUUAGGUCACCAGGCUUGGUAAGGUUGCUGAGAUAGCAAGGAGCUUUACAGAUGACCAUGAUCCAGAGAAAGGAUGGCAGAAACAACACCCCUUUUUCUUCAUAUUAAAGAGGAAGUGGGACUUUUUAAAGGGUAUGAGGAUGGCAAGAGGAAACCAUGCUCAAUCUUCCUCUUCACAGGAGGCUGCAUGGCCAUGUGGUCACCUCCACAUUGCAGAAAACCAGCUCCAGACACUAUGAUUGCCUCACAUAAACUGAGCAGAAGAGUGACAGAAAUAGUUAACAAAGUGGAGGGCUAGAAGGAAGUAUUUAGUAUCAACUGCUGGUUUAACAAUGCAAAAUAAAACUGUUAUUAUUGUUUGCAUGAGCUUUGUGUUCAGGAGUCCCCAUUGUUCCCUCCCCUUGUUGAUAAAGGGAAUUGGUUUUGCACCAGUGGGUAUUGCCAGGGUUUCCUUCUAAGGAUCUGAGUAAAUCUGCAAAAAAUGAGUGGGAACUCAAACUCCUCCCCCAGCUGAGAAGCCUUUGGCUAGAUUUCUCUUCUGUCUUUCAGUCUCUAUCAUCAUCUCCUCCCUGUGCAAAGCAGAACUAAAUCAUGGCACUUGCCAAAUUGAGCUGGAGCAGUGAUUCAUCCUUGCUUCCUUACAGACCAGCUCCAGCUCCCUGGAGAAAGAAGCCUUGUCAUGGCCAAUUAUGGAAAGUCUGCCCCAGGGAGAUGUUUAUUCCUAACCCUGCAGUGCUGCCUUCCCAAACUCCAUCCAGUUGUGACCCCACUUAGCUCUCAACUCCAGGAGACGCCAGUUGCUGCCAUGCAUUUUAGCUGACACAGAUUCCUGCCAGGCUCGUGACUGUACCCAAAACUGAGGAGAAAAAAGUUGACUUGGGGCCAUAAUCCCAUGUUUGCAAACCAUAGCCACAGUCAUUGAUUUACCCUUAGAAGCAAACAGAUUUUUUUUAAUUCCCAUGUCAUAUAACUAGUGAUUUUCUCUUUGUUCAUGGGGGGCCACGCAGUACCUUGCACAGCUGGGCAGGAAACUGGGAGUGCAAAAAAGAGCCAGGAUUGCAGCAGGAUUGAGCACAGCAUCUUUCCCCCAUCUCUUGGGAGCCCUCACUUCACCCCCAGGCCCUUGGAGAUGCCAAGGGCUAUGGCCAGCUCUGCUUUGGCUGCAACCCUGUGCUCAUUCUCUUCACAGUCUUCUCACCUCAUGCCCAUAAUUCAAGGAAUUUGGGAUUGCUGGGCAUUAAAUUCAAAACCUGGUUCCUAAUAGGCUUUUGUCUUGUGGUGAGUUUUGAUGCAAACUCUGACAAAGCUUUUGGGACCCUUUGAAGAAGAGAGGUUGAAAUCAGGAAGCGGGGUUGAGCCUUUCCCAGACAGAUGAGGGACAGCAAAGUUGCUCAGUCACAGGUAGAGCAGCACACACAGCUACAGGAUGGGAUACUCAGCUCUGGGUGGGCACUAUGGGGACAAGGGAUGUUGCCUUUACAAUCAGGUGCUGACCACCACCUGGCCCACCUAGACCAGUACCUAAUACCAUCCUCACUUCUUUACAGCUGUAAAAGUACUCCUAGCAAGAGCUGGUCAAGGUGCCUCUUUCUCAGUUGUCUGGAGGGGACUUUUCGGGGCAGGAUCUGUAAGGUUGUCAUUACCUGGUACACUUUUACUUGCUUUUUCAGAGGACUUAUCAUCUAAAUAUUCAAGCAUUUGAGUAGAUUCCUAGAUGGGAAUCCCCCAUGGGAGAGCAGCAAGGUUCUUCACAAAUACGACGAUGACCCCAUGGAAAGGUGGGAAUUUGUUGCUCUUCAUUUAAUAGCCAUGGAAGCCAUGGAAAAGAGGGUUUUAAAACAGAUUUCUUCUUGCAACUUCUAGAAGGGUUGAGCACCUGUCACAUUUUUUCAAAUCAGGGAGUGGUCUAAAAGUUCAUCACCCCCAAGACCUUGUUCUCAGGUAACCUGACACAGUCACUCGAUCAUGGAAACCAUAGGGCCACGUGGCUGAACCAGUCUGCUCCAUGGGACAGUGAGUUACCCAGUCCGUCAUGGUACUUGUCCAAAACACUGAAAAUCUGCCACAAGGUGUUCUGAUCCCUCCACAAGUAACAUACUUGAGGUGUUAGUGGCCUCAGAGUGGCCUUUUAAUACUAUUUUCUUUGCUGUACCUUCUGCCACAGGGAUAAAGGGCAAUUGAUUACCCUUUUAGAUGCCAUAUAUUUUUUACAUCUUUAGAGUUUAUUAGGAUGUUUCAAAGUCUGUAGACUAAACAAACCCAGCCCUUUCAAUCUUUCCUCAUAAGUCAUGUUUUCUAGACCUCUGAUCGUUUUUGUUGUUCUCCUCUGGACAAUUUUCAGUUUGUCUGUUGGUAGGUUUUUUUAUUUAUUUAAGUGCAGGGUCAUGGCUCAGCCUUUCAGUGCUGAGAAGAGCAAUAAACCCUUUCUGCAUCUUACCUACAGCAUUCCUGGUCUCAGAUCCCAUAGGGAUUUUGCUUUUCACUGCAGCAGCACAAUACUGACUGGGGUUCAGCUGUUGUCACAGUUAAGGAAUGUUUGCAAGUUUGGGCAAGGUCACAUGGAAAGACUGCAGUACAUCUAGAAUCUCCCAGGGUUAUUCCCUAACUCCAUCUUUGCUUUGGCUCAUCAGUAUCUCGAGUCAGAACCUGUUGAAAACAAUGUCUCUCCAUUGCCUCAACAAGGGACUUUAGACAUGGCCCUAAUUGUUGUGUUCUCAGCUGGGUUUGUCACUAAUUCUAUUAAUUUUAACAGCAAAUAUUUCAUAUUUGAGGGGGGCUGUUGUCUGUUUUGGGUUUUUUGGGUUUUUUUGUAGGUGUGGGGUUUUUUUUUAGUACUAGGGGGAGAGUUUCAGGCAAAAAAAGAAAAGAAGGGGAGGAGAUUGCAUUUUCUUUUCAACUUUCUUCCCCUUGCCUUGCUGCAAAUCCAGAGCUGAGUCCUGCUGCACAGGCAGCCUGUGGCAGCAACUUUGCUUUGAUCUCAGCAAAGAGUCAUAGGUUAAGCCUGUGUUUUUUCACUGUAACUGUUUAUCAAACAAUGCAGUCCUUUCCAAGGGCAGCCUUUUUCUUCUGCAAUAAUAUGUUUAUAAUUAUAAUGCAUUUCCUGCUUCUUUUUGAUUAAACACACCUGACAAAGUAGGAAAGAUGUCAAUGCAUAAAUAAACGGGCAC